UCUACGGAAUGUCAAGUGGUUUCAUUCAAACCAACGGUCGUCGUGCAAUUUGUCUUGAUUUUAUUCUCGAAGUAGAAGUUUUAAAAACGUGUAGUUUAUGUGAAAAUGGAACCUCAAUCGAAGGUUGUUAAAAGGCAGAGAAGUGAAAAUUGGUUGGAGGAAGAUAAGGUUUGUAGUGAUACACCUAAAAUUGGACUAAAGUAAGUCAACAUUUUUAUAAUACCUUUUAAACUAACGCUUGCUUAUGCUUCUAUUUAUUAGAUGAUAUUGAAAGAAUUAAUAAGGGAGAGGGUUACAAUCAUUGAAAACAAAAAUACAGACGCAAACACGAACGCGAAAAAGGUGGCGGCUUGGAAUAAUUUACGUAUUAGGUACCAAAUUCGAAAUAUUUUGAAUAAUUUAAUAAGAUUUUUGUGUAAGUAGUUUAUUACUCAGCAUAUCGUGUUUUAGUUUUAACAAUAUGGCCCGCACUCCGAGAACACUGCAACAAAUAAAAGCUCAGUGGGGCAUAAUCAAAAUGUAUGAGAAAAAAAAGAAGUGCCUGGAACGGAAACAAACAUUCCAAACUGGGGGUGGUCCACCACCUGCUACUGACCCACCAACUGGUGAUGACAUAGCAGUGUGGCUCCCUCAUGAGUUUACUGUAGACUCAAAUGAGUUUGAUUCAGAUAACAAGCUAUUAACUGCCAAUAAAAUGGAACAACCAAUUCUAGUCCCUAAAUCACCACUUCUGUGUGAGAAUCCUGAACAAGAAAUAGACAUGAUGUCGCAACCAGGCACAUCUACGAAGACCAUACACAACACACCAACAAGUACCUUAUUGGUGACACCAGCAAGUACCUCUAAACAAUUAGACAUACAACAGAUCACCACCACACCAACAAAGAAAAAAGUAAAGAGUCCGAAUUAUAAAUUAAAACAUAAACUGAUCAACAAGGGCAGUUCAAGUGCAGCACUACAAAUAGCAGAAAAUGAAAUUGUCUGUAGAAAGGAACUCCACGAGGCACAGAUGGCAGUCGAAAAACAAAAAUUAAAAAAUUUACUAUUAAAAGAACAAUUAAUAAAAAGCAAAUUAGAAUAUUAUAAAAAUAAAUAA